AUGGCUCCCGGCACCAUCUCCCCCGGCCUCCACCAUGGCAACCAGGACGUCGACCUGACUUCUUCUGCCAUUGAGCACAAGCUCGAGGCCCUCCCCAAUGGCAAGGGCACGAACGGUGACGCCAACGGCAAACCCGCGUACCAGGAACUUGACGCCUCCAAGCUCAUCUACAACCGUACUAAGAACCCCCGUCAAGUCCCCGAUCUGGCCAGCGCCAAUGCCGGCUCCGAGACUAUCGCCACCGACCACAUGGUCGCCGCCACCUGGAAGGCCGGCGCCGGCUGGUCCGCCCCGGAGCUCAAGCCCUACGGCCCCAUUUCUCUCAUGCCCACCGCCUCCGUCUUGCACUACGCCACCGAGUGCUUCGAGGGUCUCAAGGUCUUCCGCGGCUUCGACGGUGCUCUCCGUCUCUUCCGCCCCGACCGCAACUGCGAGCGCAUGCUCAUGUCCUCCACCCGUAUCGCUCUGCCUGGCUUCCCUCCCGCCGAACUCGAGAAGCUCAUCAUCGCUCUGAUGGCCGUCGACGGCCCCAAGUGGCUCCCCCGCGACCGCCCCGGCUCCUUCCUCUACCUCCGCCCCACCAUGAUUGGGACUCAGCCCCAGCUCGGCGUCCAGGCCCCUUCCGAGGCCAUGCUCUACAUCAUCUGCACUUUCAUGCCCGUCAUGGACUCCCCCGUCGGCGGCAUGAAGCUCCACACGAGCCCCGAGGACAUGGUCCGCGCCUGGGUCGGUGGUUUCGGUUAUGCCAAGGUCGGUGCCAACUACGGCCCCUCUCUCCUCGCCACCGCCGAGGCCCGCAGCCGUGGUUUCGGCCAGAUCCUCUGGCUGUACGGACAGGAGCAGUACUGCACCGAGGCCGGCGCCAGCAACUUCUUCGUCGUGUGGAAGAACAAGGAGACCGGCAAGACGGAGGUUAUCACCGCCCCCCUCGACGACCGGUUGAUUCUGGACGGCGUCACCCGACGCAGUGUCUUGCAACUUAUCCGCGAGCGUCUCACCGAUGAUGUCGAGGUUGUUGAGAGGAGAUACACCAUCAAUGAGGUCAUUGAGGCCUACGAAGAGGGCCGCAUUGUCGAGUCUUUCGCAGCUGGCACUGCUUUCUUCGUUUGCCCCAUCUCCAUCAUCCACCACCGGGGCAAGGAUGUCAGCUUGAGCAUGGGCAGUGACGGCCAAGGCGGCAAGUACACGCUCCAAAUCAAGCAGUGGAUGAAGGACAUUAUGUACGGCGGCGAGCAGCACGAGUGGGGCGUCGUCGUCCAAGAGGAACUCUAG